AUGAGAUUUGGAAGGGUUGGUGCAAUAUCUGCAAUUACUAGGGCUAAAAGAUCUGAGUAGUAUUUGGCUGGGAAGUCUGAUGAUAUAGAAUUGACAGAGAAGUAGCUUAAUCGUAUUUUAUGUUGAUAACAAGAUAGAUGCAGAAAAAAUAAUGAGAAAUAUUUCAAAAGAUUAAAAAUCACUCAUUUUAUAUAGAGUUCCUGUAUUGUAAUAUAAUAAUCCAAAUGACUUAGUAUUUGGGGAAUAGGAAUAUUGAUAAUAUUAUUAUCGCUUUAUUUGUUAUACAAUUUAAUUUGGGGAUUCGAAGGAAAGGUGUUUAAAUAGGGAACCACUUGGUGGUAAUACUUUGUAUCUUUCAUUAUAAUGGGAAUAGGAAUCAGUUUUUUAAUUGCUAUAAAGAGGGAGAAGUUAAUAUUCAAUAAAGAAGUACAAAAUAAUAUAUACAAAGAAAGAUGAGAUAAUAUUAUGUUAUAGGAAUAUUUGUUGUCAAAAGAAUGUAAUGGAAUAGAAAAUCUCACAUCUAAGUAAUAUGAGAAUGGUUAAGAGAGGGAUGGAUAGUAAUAAUAUUAUGGUUAAUUGUUGUAGCAAUACAGAAUUCUACUUUGCAUUAUAAGAUUGUGCUUUCUUUUAAUGAUGGAUAAUUCUUUGAAAUAUUGGAAGGGAAGAGUGAAUACAAAAUAAAGGGUUAAUUUGUAUAGAUUGCUUAAUAUAUCAAUUAUGCUUAUUAAGAUCUUUAAAUUGUAGAUGAAACAUUUCAAGUGAGAUGA